ACGGCGGCGCUGUGCACCGCCCCUAUCACCCCUCCUCCCAUCCGGCGCGGAGGACGGCGGCGCUGUGCACCGCCCCUGUCACCCCUCCUCCCAUCCGGCCCGGAGGACGGCGGCGCUGCAGCCGGAGGUCCGGGAAAGCGGCGCUCUGCUCCGCGUGGUGCGGCGGGACCAUUCGGCGGGCGGUCGGUCGGGGUCGGAGCGGCGGCGGGACGUCCGGAGCACCGGGGGCGGCAGCAUGAAGCCAGGAUUCUCUCCGCGAGGCGGAAGGGGCAGUUUUGGAGACCGCGGAGGCAGAGGCGGGCGAGGAGGCAGAGGCGGAUUUGGUGACCGAGGAGGGAGAGGAGGCUUUGGAGGGAGAGGAGGCUUUGGCGACCGAGGAGGGAGAGGAGGCGGCUCACGAGGCGGUCGGGGGCGAGGAGGAGGCCGGGGGGGCCGCGGAGGAGGGAGAGGCGGAUUCCGCGGCGGCUCAAAGGUGACAGUGGAACCCCACAGACAUGAAGGUGUCUUUAUUUGUCGGGGGAAGGAGGACGCGCUGGUGACGAGGAACAUGGUCCCUGGAGAGUCGGUGUACGGCGAGAAGCGUAUCGGUGUGGAGGAGGCAGAUCAGAAGAUUGAGUACAGAGCCUGGAACCCCUUCCGGUCGAAGCUGGCGGCCGCCAUCCUGGGGGGCAUCGAUCAGAUCCACAUCAAGCCGAAGGCCAAGGUGUUGUACCUGGGGGCAGCUUCUGGCACCACCGUCUCCCAUGUGUCGGACAUCGUGGGGCCAGACGGUCUGGUCUACGCCGUUGAGUUCUCCCACCGCUCGGGGCGGGACCUCAUCAACGUGGCCAAGAAGAGGACGAACAUCAUCCCCAUCAUCGAGGACGCCCGCCACCCUCACAAGUACCGCAUGCUCCUGGGAAUGGUGGACGUCAUCUUUGCCGACGUUGCCCAGCCGGACCAGUGCAGGAUCGUGGCCAUCAACGCGCACCAUUUCCUCAAGGUUGGCGGUCAUUUCGUCAUCUCCAUUAAGGCGAACUGCAUCGACUCCACGGCGGCGCCCGAGGCGGUGUUUGCGUCGGAGGUGAAGAAGAUGCAGCAGGAGAACAUGAAGCCACAGGAGCAGCUGACACUGGAGCCCUACGAGAGGGACCACGCGGUGGUGGUCGGAAUCUACAGGCCACCCUCAAAGCAGAAGAAAUUUUAACAAGAUCAGAAGCAGCAGACAAGCUCGGAAACCCAUCCGCUUGACAUACUUUCGGUCUGGAGCUCGACUUACUUUCGGUCUGGAGCUCGACUGAACAAAAUGUCUCGGACCGGAUUUUCGACUGCGAGGAUCGACCUGCCUUAUCUUUUGUAAACGGACUUGUGCUUUGUUUCCAAGUAGCGCCGCUUGGUUUGAGGGUGUUUGGGCAUCCCGAAAGCUGAGUUUUGGUACACGCUUGGCUGGGGGGUUGGGGUUUCUGACGUUGUUUGGGGAAAGGGGGUGGGGGGGGGGAAAGAGGAGGGAAGAUUUUGGAAAAGAGAAUGUAUACAGAUUUGAAUUUUAAAAACAUUUUUUUUGGGGGUGAGGGGGGGGUUCACCUCCCUGUUUCUGGAAGGAAUGAAAUGGCAGCAACGUUGUAACGGGAUUCGAACCUGGCAGUUCUUUCCCUCCCGGUAUUAGCGGGUGUAAAUCCGUCGUUAAGCGACUUGAGGUGUUCUGGAGAAAGAAGUCCAACCAGAUUCCUGAUGCUCUCCUCAGCCUGGUUAUAGACUGGCCAAACCCUUGCCCUGAUACUCCAUUUACCGCACCGCCCUACCCUUAGUCAGUUCCGUUGAGAAUUAUAUAUACAUCUCAAAGUCGAGACGGGAUGUCCAAUGUCCGCGUUGGUAGGACAGGAUCCCCAGCACCAUGUCCCGGGGAAGCGUCUCGUCAAUUGAAGGGCUAUGUUCGGGAGUCUAUCUGAAGUCUUUUCAGCAGCAGAAGCUUACAGGAAACAAUGUUAUGUACUUGUAAUGCUAGUGGAUUUGCAAAGUGUUUUUAUAUUAAAAAAGAAGGCAAAGUU